AUGGAGAGAGCAUCUCAAAUCACCUUCUUCUUGUUGCUCAUCAUCCAUUUCGGCGUAGCUCAAAAUGCUACCACAAGUGGUGCAGAUGAGUUCCCUGUCGGAGUGAUCCUCGACCUGGAUUCGUUGGGGGGCAGGAUGUCACGGACCAGCAUUUCGAUGGCCCUGGAAGACUUCUAUGCAGUCCACAGAAACUACACCCCGAAGCUAGUUCUCCACAUCAGGGACUCCAAAAGUAACAAUGUCCAAGCUGCAUCAGCAGCCCUCGACCUGCUAGAGAAUUACAGCGUCCAAGUUAUCAUAGGUCCUCAAACAUCUUCACAAGCAGCAUUUGUAUCGGAUCUCGGGAAUAAAAGUCAGGUCCCUGUGAUCUCCUUCACAGCAACAAGCCCAUCUCUUUACUCUGGCAGUCUUCCAUAUUUUGUUCGUGCAACACUGAGUGACUCUACACAAGUGAAUAGCAUUGCCUCCCUAAUCAAGGCCUAUGGGUGGAGACAGGUGGUGCCAAUUUAUGAAGAAACUGACUAUGGUAGAGGUGUCAUACCAUAUCUCAUUGACGCCCUCCAAGAAAUUGAUGUCCAUGUUCCCUACCGGAGUGUGAUCCCCCUGUCAGCAACUACUGAACAAAUUACCAAAGAACUCUAUAAGUUAUUGACAAUGCAAACAAGGGUCUUCUUGGUGCAUAUGUCACCUGAUCUGGCUUCGAUCCUCUUCACAAUGGCAAAAGAGGUUGGUAUGAUGAAGAAAGGAUUUGUAUGGAUCAUGACAGAUGGGCUAACCAAUGUCAUAGACUCCACGAACCCUUCUGUUAUGGAAGCAAUGAAUGGUGUUUUAGGAGUAAAGUUUUAUACUCCUAAAUCAGCAGAACUGGAUAACUACACCAUACGCUGGAACAGGAGAUUACAGAUUGAUAACCCAAAUGAUCCACCACUGAAACUAAGCAUAUUUGAACUCUGGGGCUAUGAUACUAUAUGGGCGGUAGCGCAAGCAGUUGAAAAGCUUGGUAUUAAGAACAAAACAUCAUUUCAAAAACCAGCAGUUGCAAGAAACAUGACAAGCAUGGGAACUUCUGUUUAUGGCCCGGAUCUCCUAAAGACCAUCUUGCAAUACAAAUUUAGAGGUUUGAGUGGUCAUUUUGACCUUUCAGGUAGGCAGCUGCAAGCUUCUACAUUUCAGAUAAUAAAUGUAGUUGAUAAAGGGUGGAAAGAAAUUGGGUUUUGGACUGCAGAAAAUGGAAUUUCCCGGCGACUAUAUCACGGAGAAUCAACGACACGGCAUUCAGGCUUAGCUUCUGACCUAAACCCGGUAAUUUGGCCAGGAAAAUCAACAGAGAUACCCAAAGGGUGGGAAGCUCCUGUGAAUGGGAAGAAGCUUCGAGUAGGAGUGCACACAAGUGUAUACCCACAAUUUAUGACAAGUGGAAAAGAUCCUAUUACUGGGGCCACUACAGCAAGUGGCCUUUCCAUUGAUGUAUUCGAAGAGGCAAUUAAAAGACUUCCCUAUGCACUGCCCUAUGAGUAUGUAGCAUUUGGCACUACGAAUGACACAAGCAGUGGAGGUUAUGAUGAUUUUGUUUACCAAGUUUACCUUAAGAAAUAUGAUGUAGCCAUUGGGGACAUAACAAUCUCACAUAACAGAACUUCCUACGUCGACUUCACUCUACCAUACACAGAAUCAGGAGUGGCAAUGGUUGUUCCAGCCAAGAGCAGCAGAACUAACAACAUAUGGAUUUUCGUUGAGCCAUUAUCACGUGACCUGUGGCUCGGAAGCAUCAUAUUACUAUUCUACACAUGGGUUGUUCUCUGGCUAAUGGAGUUCCUGGAAAACAGCACAAAUAUUGCUGGACAAGUCCCCAAACAGCUCGGGAUUAUGACUUUCUUUUCCCUAUUUGGAGACAAGAACGGAGUGGAAAGUUUACGAUCUCGGAUAGUUUUGAUUGUAUGGGUGUUUUUCUUCCUUGUACUGUCAGCAAGCUACACCGCAAAUUUGGCAACAAUGCUUACCAUAAGACAGCUAAAUCCAACUAUAACUGAUAUCCAUGACCUCCGUAAAAGUGGGGACUAUGUAGGAUGCACUAGUGGUUCCUAUGUCGAGAGUCUACUGGAACAACUCAAUUUCGACAGAUUGAAGAUCAAGACCUAUAGUACCUACGAUGGAUUUUACAGUGCACUCUCGAAGGGAAGCAAAAGUGGGGGAAUUGCUGCGUUCAUUCAUGAAGUCCCAUACAUCAGACUGUUUCUUGCAAAGAACUGCAAAGGGUACACUAUGGUUCCGUUUUAUAAGGCAGCAGGUUUUGGAUAUGCAUUUCCAAAAGGAUCUCCUCUAGUUGGGGACAUCUCAAAGGCAAUCCUGGGCAUAAUAGGAGGAGACACUAUCAAUCGAAUUGAGAAGAAAUGGAUCGGAAUAGGAUAUGAAAACAACUGCAACAAUGCGGGACGUGCACCUGAUCCAGACAAACUCACAUUUGGCAGUUUUUUUGGACUUUUCAUACUUAGUGGAGCUGUCUCGACUUCUUGUCUUCUGAUAGCUCUGAUGACUAAAUUUUAUCACCGAAAUAGAGAUCAGGCAGAAGGAAAUCAAGGAGGUAAUGACGCUGGACAAGAGAUACAAAAUAUGGAUCCACAAAUAAAUUACCCUAGGCCCAAUGUGGAUAAAGUGGCGAGUAGAUUGACAACAUAUGAGGGCCAAAACAUCACCACCAUUGGACGCGCGGCGCUCGUCAAGUCGGUUCUCGCUUCCCAAGUCAUCUACUUCAUCACGCCGCUUGUCAUACAAACCACCAUCCUGCAAAACAUUGACAAACUCGAGCGGGCAUUCCUUUGGUCGGGAUCAGAUAAGACAACUGGGGCAAAGUGCAAGGUCAAUUGGGACACUCGGCCUUCGUUGAGCAUGUUUCACAAUUCUUCACCCUAUGGACACUGCUCCAAGAGGUCCACCUUGAUGAGCUUGCCGACGAUGACAUCCUUUGGAAGCACACGGCUUCCGGGGACUACUCCGCGGCCUCCGCAGGCGAGGCUGGCCAAACUGUGGCCCUUGUCCCUUGUGCAGAGGGGUGCAGGAAUGCGGUCCCCAUCUAUUCUUCAGACGCCGCUUUACCUUCAGGCUCUGAAACAUGGUGAUUUAGAAGCUCUGCAUCCACGACGUGGACACGUCCGCAUGGCACUUGUACGACUCCAUCAAGGAAUGGUGGGCGAGUUUGAGCGCCGCGGGCACCGCCAACCGAAAAGCGAAGGCUUCGAUAACCAUGCUGGUUUCAUGGGUGAUCUGGAAUGA